AGGCUGCCACGGCUCUUUUGCAGAACGCCACCCAGGUGGUCGACGUGGACGCGGAAGACACCAAGCGCCGCUCCGCUGAGGCGCUCAGCAACAACCAGCAGAUUCACCGGCUCGUGCGGAAGUACCGUGCUCAGUUGGACGAACGCCGUAAAGCUCAGCUGGUCGAGCAGUGUCUUCAACGUCUUUUUAAGUUCUUCGACGUGAACGAGGAUGGUGUCAUACAUCCUGAGGAAUGGGUGGACAGCAUGACGCUGCUGGCGGAAUUUUUCGAACACCACAGUGACCAGUCCAUCCAGCGAAUGUUUGAAGACAUUGACAAGGAUGAGAGUGGCUACAUCGACUGGCCCGAGUUUAAGGCCUCCUAUGCAGAGCUCCUGCAAGUGAUCAACGUGCCCUUCCGGGAGCUCAUGGACAUGCUUGCUGACAUCGAUCGGGCGAUCCUACAGGAGAAGCUCCGACUGGAACGGGAAGCGCACAAGGAGGCAGAGGAAGCCCGAGCUCGUGCAGAGGCUGCAGCUCAGGAGGAGGAGGCGCUCCUUUCGGAUGAGGAUUCGCCUGAUGCGAGUGGCUUGAGAAUCAAGGUCACGCAGUCCGAGGUCACAGUCGCCACUGCCGGCACCGCCGCCGUGGCCAUGAAGCGCUUCCGCUCGCCCGUGCUGUCGCCCAAGGCGAAGGCGAUGUCGCUGCGCCGUGUGGCCAUUCGUCGUCACAGCGACCAUCUGGUGGCCGAAACCGCAGAGGAGGCAAUGGCCUCCUUUGCCGCGCAACUGGCGGCCGAGUUCGGGAGCUCGGACAGCAACCCACACCGGGUGAGUGCGGGACGUUCGGUGAUGGCUCUCAGCCCGGCUGAGCCCGAGCCGGGUUUCGGGGGACGAGAAGGUUGAGGAAAUUCCCGGUUUUGGAAGGAAGAGCUAGAUUUAGUUGGAACACAAUCAAGUUUAAAUCUGGGGAAGGAUUCAGUUCACUUUGUGCAUGUAGCUGUGAGAGAAAGGACUAGUGGACGAAAUGACACACCAACUUUGAAGUCUCAAGAUGUUUGAGCGGUGUUUGAGAGGUUUAGUUUUUGCCAACAUUUGAAGAGGUUUCUGGUUUAGGCGACACAAGUCUUGCUGCGAACUCAAGUCUUCAAUGACUGCCUCUGCUGACAGGCAAGGCGACACUCCGCAGGAGAGCAACCCCAAUGAAGGAGACGAGGAGAAAGACCAUGUUCUGCCGCCGGUACCUGACCUCGAGCCUGCCGACCCACAAGAGGCAGAAGAGUCAGACGGUGCAGAGGCCACAGAGUAAGGGAGUUGGAGAUGUCCCGGCACCAGCCGUUCCACUGGCAAAAGUGCUCUGAAC